UUCACUAGCCGAGAAUCGCAUUGAAAAGAAGAGUCAUUCCGUAAAAUCAAGUGGAGCUAAAAUGCAGAACUGUGUUAGUUUUACUGAACAGCUUUUGAUGCUGGAGGAGCAGUUCAAUGGGCAGAACCAUCCUUUAAAGACCCCUAUUUCUAGCACCCCAAACAAAAAUCAGGCAGCGGGAAACCAGAUGGAUGCGUUGAAAAACGCAGAAAAAGCUCCACUAUUAAACUCGUCAAAUUUUAACAACUUGAUUGGAUCACCAUAUAGUAGUGAUGACAUAACCGAUUUUGAUGACUUUCUCGACCUAAAUCAGCCGCUGCCGAAUGUUUCCAUACGUGAGCAACUACGUUUGGUUUCGGUGAAUCGUGGAAGAAAUCUCGGCUGGAUGCGCAAUAAUCAUAAGCGUCUAGAAGAAAUUUGGCUAUCCCAAGAAUCUAAUGAAAUUUUUGGAGAGUGAAACCUUGGCGAAAGGAAAUUUUCUAUAAGGCGUUGAUUGAUCAUGAUGCUGAUGAUUUUCUUGAUUUCAACUUACGAUUGAUAUUCUCUUUUGAUGUACUUAAACUAAAUAAGAAAAAUACAAUUAACACACGGUGUUUUGAUUCUGCGA